UCAAAAGCAAAAGCACCUGUUGCAAACUGUUGACUCCUCAUGAACUGCUGUGAACUAUUUAUUAAACUAUGUGGUGCGGUGGUUCACAUAGUCACAUUACAGCAAUCCUGAGUUCGAAUCAAAUAUGGAGUACAUUUGCCCCGUGACUCCAAGUACACCGGGUACCGCUCACAGUUUAGUCCGUUUGUGUGGUAAUGGAUAAAGUAAAAUAUGCACCUACCAGACAGACCUCUGGCCACGUGGCAGCUGGGAUAGGCUGCAGCUACAAUAAUGUCACGUCUAACAUUAAAACAGGAACGCUGUAAAAAGAACUAGGACAUUGUAUCCUGAUUUAUUUAUUUAUUUAUUUGCAACUUCCUAGCAUAUAUUCUCGAUUUUAUUAACUUUUUUGAUUAUGAUUAAUGUUUUUUUAAAGGUUAUGUUUUCGAGCUGCUCAUCACGCCAGAAAUCGCACUCCUUUUUUCUUUUUCCUUUGAAAUGAAAGUGAAAGUGUCAAGAGAAACUUUGUGUGGACAUCGGACAACAAGGAGUUCGACAGUGGAGAAGAAUGAGGGUUUUAAUUUUGAGGAUUUUUGUUUAUUUGUAUCUAAGUGCAGGUGUGUGGAGUGUCCAUCAGAUCCAGUGGCUGCCUUGUUACUUCAUUGAUGAGCGUUUGUAUUUGAAUAAGGACAACCACACUGAGACUCGGGUCAUCCCCAGAGAGGCUAUACUUCAGUUUGGUCAGAAAGGAGAUGCUCCUGUUAACACAAACGGCAUCACUUUCCUGGUCAUCAGAUCAAAGUUGGAUCUGCUGCAGUAUGUGGAGGGGGUGGAGGCAGAGCAGCUGAAGUGUGAGCUGCACAGAUACAGCACAGAGGGUGGUUACGUCCGCUGGCCUGUCCUCGGUGCCCGGGAGUACAACCACUGGUUUACCUGCAUCCUCAGACACAGCAGGGGCCGCUUCACAGUCGCUGGCACCCUUAGACACCCCUCUGACCAGCCUCCCCCAGGGCAGCCAGACUACCACAACUGGUCUGUCAUCGCUGACAAAGAGGUACUCACCACCGCAGUCGCCAUGGUCAUCAAAACACAGACUCCCUCAGUUAAAGCACGCCUGAAGUCCCAGCAAAAGCUCCACUGCCAGUUUGAUGUUGACCACAAGGGUGCAAAGGUCACUGUAGAGUGGCAUAGGCACCGCCCUGGUGAGAGGACCAAGCUCUUCAGUUACAACAGGCACACAGGACAGACUGAGGGGAGCGGUGUCGGACUACGUGCCCUUGCGGCUGGAGAUGCCUCUUACACCCUCGCCUCCACCACAAUGAUCAGUGAAGGGACCUACAUUUGUUCAGUGUCCGUGUAUCCACUGUUCACCAAGGUGGAUGUAUAUCUGCACAUUGAAGAGUCUCCCCAUGUCUCCCUCAAUGUUGCAACCACCCUGUUAUUGCAGGAGGGCAAGGACUUGAUGGUUAAGUGUGAGGCAAAUGGCUACUACCCUCGGGAUGUGGAGAUAAUUUGGUACGAGGAGGAUCCAGGCACUCCACAUCCCAAGCCACUAAACCAUAGUGUUCUGUUCAGCCACAAAGUAAAUGGGGACAUGACCUUCUUGCUGUCAGGUGUCUUCUACCUCCAGGCUGCGCUCAGGGACUCUGGGAAAAAGUUCACAUGCAGCGUCUCCCAUCAGUCCCUGAAAGUGCCCAUAACAAAAAGUUUCACCCUGAUUGUGGAAGAGCCAACAAACUGGAUUUUGUACCUCGUUGUGGGCUCUGUUGUGAUCCUGCUGUUGUAUGUGAAGCGGCGCUACCUGCACUCAGUGUGGAGAAAGUUGGUGCAGGUAAGGUGAUAUAAAAACAAAAAAAAAAGGGAAUGGCAAGCACCUUGAGAUGACUGUUGUUUUGGUGUUGUACAAAUAAAAUGGAAUUGAAUUGAAAGGAAGAAAGGAAGAGGUUGUGGCCACAGACUGAAUAAGAGAGGUGAGCUGCUAAACGAGUCUUCCUUCAGAGUCUUCACAGAUACAUCGACGUCAAUCACAAGUCUAUUGGCAAAUAGUUUUCUGAAGUACUAACAAAUAAGUAGUUACUUUUUAUUACAGUUUAUGCUCCACAGAUUACUCUUUUGGAUUCAGGAUGUUAUCCUGUAUACUCGGGACUCUUUCAAAGAUUAUGUGAAUCAGAGCUGAAAACUGAGGAUCUGAAUUCAGUGAUCCUGAUGAUGGCUUCAAAGAAAUAUACAGGGACAUACCAGCUCACAGCUAUUUUAGAACAGAUGGUCAGUUGUAAUAACACUGGACUGAUGUCAGAUUGUACUGAUGGAAGCCUAUUUAAUUCAAGAGCAUGGAUAUAUUGUAUUCUUAUAUUUUUGUAGUGCAUUUGAUGAUGUCAGACAUCUUUUUCUAAUGAAAACUUUGCACUACUUUGGAUUUGGAAAGAAGCUUGAACACGCAAUCCAUAAACUCCAAAUUCAGUUGCAUUUAUACCAAAUGCAUCAACAUUUUUAACCACAUUUAUUUUCUUUGUAUAACAAAAUUUGUUUACUAAAUUAAAAUUACAUUAUCUAUAUCUUAAAUCACUUUGAGACAUUGGAAAAGAGAAUGCUGCAUAGGUUAAACUGGACAAACCAUCCUUCUGAGAUGAGGUAAAAACUUAUCCCACUGCCUUCAAGAUGGAUG